UGUAAUUAACUAAACUAUAAGGGUCUAACUGUCAGCUUAUACAGUAAGUAACUAACUUACCAACCCCAUUUAAGUAACGUAUUGGUACUCCUUUCGCAGCACCCUGUACAAGUCCCAUAAGCUCACCAAAAUCUAACAAGAUUUCCCAAAUCACAUCAAAUAUCCCAUAAUAUCUCACAAAAAGAACAACAAAGUACUUCUUUAAGAUCAACUCGACAUAUCAAAGUGUUGUCUGACGUUCUUGGCGAUCAAAUAUAUCGAGAAAUACGUUACUAACAGUUCUUGAAUCACGUAGAAAAAUUAGGAGAGAAGAAUCUAAGGGAAUACACAGAAUUGUACGCGCAAUCAGAGUUGUUUAAGAUGAAUUUUAGCGAAGGAGAUUUUGAACUGAAGGAAAUUCAAAGGCUGGAAGGACACACUGGUAAGGUUUUAGGUAUUGCUUGGAAACAGGAUACUGGAAUUUGGGGUCGUCCCUUAGCGAUUGCUUCGUGGAGUGACGAUAAAACUGUACGAAUUUGGGAAGAGAAUUUCUCUGGCAUUUUGGAGUGUAAGGCUGUUUUGGAGGAAUCACAUGGACGGAGUGUUAGAUCGUGUGCCUGGUCACCGCCAUGCAAAUUGUUGGCAGUAGCUUUCUCUGAUGCCACCACUGCCAUUUGGAAAAAUGUCGGGAAUGCAUAUGAGCGUGUCUACACUUUGGAGGGUCAUGACAAUGAAGUUAGAAGUGUUUCCUGGAAUACAAAAGGGGAUCUGCUGGCAACGUGUGGAGGUGAUAAGUCAGUUUGGAUAUGGGAAGUUUUGCCUGGAAAUGAGUUUGAUUGUGCUUCAGUGUUACACGGACACACAAAAGACGUUAAGAUGGUUCAAUGGCAUGAAGAUAUGCUAUUCUCGUGUAGUUAUGAUAACACCAUUAAGGUUUGGGAAGAGAUUUGUGGCGGUGGUGAUUGGGCUUGUAUUCAAACUUUGGGUGAGUCUGACAGCGGACAUACAUCUACUAUAUCGUGUCUCUCUGUCAAUAAUGAUUACCAAAUGGUAUCUUGCAGGUAUGGCUUUGAAAACGAUUAUGUGGGGUCUAAAUUAAUUUGGACACAUGCCUGCACUCUAUCUGGAUAUCAUGAUCGGACAGUUUUCUCAGUUGACUGGUUGAGGGAAAUGAUCCGUUGUUUACCUGAAGGGCAGGAGGAUCCAGGAAUUUUUGCCAGUGCUGGAGCUGACAACGCUAUACGUUUGUUCAUCGAGAACAAGGACAAUGAGGUUGAUGGACUUACAUUUAAGCUACUUUUGAAGAAGGAGAAGGCUCAUGAAAUGAAUAUAAGUUCUGUGAAAUGGAAAGCUGGGGAUAGAAGGCUUUUGGCGUCGGCCAGUGAUGAUGGGACAGUGAAGAUAUGGGAGUUGGUUUGCCCCUGUCCUGCUGGGGCAUCAUAGCUGAUACUGGAAAACAAUGUUUGUUGUUAUAGUAAUUUUGAAGCCACAAGACUUCUUUUCCCUUUUUUCCCCCUCUUGGAGGCAGUUCUGAUUCAUAUAUAGCAAUAUCAUUACUACAUUUUUUUGCUUGAAUUUGAGACUGACCUCUGCUUAAGGGUAAAGAGACCCUAUCAAUCCACCACAAUCCUUGGUGAUAUCAUUACUACAUAUUAUACUAGAAAAGCAAGAGAAUGGAUCUGCAAAAUUUCUCAAUAUAACUUAAAGCUGAGACCAUCUUUUUGGAUAGGGUCUCUAUCUCUGUAAGAUAUUUUUAUGCAUGUUCUAUGACAAUCUGCUGUCAUAUUUAUCGAUGAUGUAGAAAUAUAAUUCACAGCAGAGACAGAUCCAAGAUUUGAAGUUUAUGAGUUCUGGCGACCCCUCGCUAGACACCGAACCCCCUACUUAUAUAUGUUGUUGGUUUCACAUUGUAUUAUUGGUACGUAUUUAGUGAAUUUCUCAACAUAUAUACUGUAUCAUAUGCUUUGCAUCAGCCUUGAUUCAUAGUAAUUUUGAGCCUUUUGAAGCCUUAGACUACUACCUUUUUUUUUUUUUUGGUUCUCUUAGUGGUCUAAUCCAGGAUGUAGCUAUAUCACUACUAUAUAUUUUUUCUACCAGAAAUAAAAGAAUGAAUCUGCAAAAUUUUCAAUAACUUAAAGAUGGGACCAUCUUUUUCUGGGUGGAUUCUUUAUUUCUGUAUGAUAUUCUUAUGCAUGGUAUAUGGCAAGUUGGACUUUAGCAUCCAAGGAUGCA